UCAAAAAGAAACAUCCUUGAGAGUUAAAGUUAUUUCUUUUUUUUUAAAUGGGCCAUGAUAACAUUACACUGCAACAUAAUCCCAUAUAGUCAACAAUUGAAGUGGAUCCAAAAAGUUCAAAAUUCUCGAUGAAAGGUUUUCAUCCACUUCAAAUGUGGUUUGUGUGUGUAUAUAUUUUUGUAUAGCAUUUGCCUUUAGUUUUCUAUGGAAAGUGCACUUAGUCACUAGUGUUGUUUAUGUCUGGAGCAAACCUGAAUGAUUGUCUAUAAUAAAUGAGCUACAGAGUUAUGAUAUCAUGCACAAUCAUGAAUGAGUUAUUUGGCUUGGUCUCAUCACGUGCAUCCUAUUUAUUGCUAUAAACCAUUUCUAACCUGUACUCAUGACACACACACAUACACGCGACUCAAUUCACAACAUCUCACGUUUGGCUUUCUGCACUCACAAAUGAACUAAUUAUUCAUUGCUUUCAUUCUCUUUUCAUCAUCUGCUGAUUCUUCAUGCAUCAGUAAAGUAUUCAGCAGAAGAACAAUCAAAGGCGAAGGCAAAAUAACGCGGAAUAAUCUGAUGUAAAUGUUUUCUCUCUGAGUCACUGUGAUCAAACAAUUAGGUGUGUGGUUUAAGGCCUGCCUGAACCAUUCUGAGGUAUUACACAUCAAGUGACCUCAGGUGUAAUAUGUGUUUGUUAAUGCUCAGACGUAUGGCGCUUUUGAUGAUUAAAACAAUUCUUUUAUGUUUGCAAUGGAAGUAGGUGGAUCUCCAACCACUCAAAGGUUAUCAUCACAAGCAUCACUUUAUGAGUGUGCAUGACAGUUUAUAAGCAGCCUCAGCCUGUCCAGACUCAGUGAAGCUCAACACUGGACACCAGCAGAUCUUCAGCAAGGAACACACAGAACAAACAGAAUGAGUGCCCCAGCUCUGCAGACCACAGGCUUCGUUUCAGGCGUCAUCGGGACGGCUGGUGUUUUUGCAGCCACCCUGAUGGACGUCUGGUGUUUCAGAAACCAGCAACAGGAUCAGCCCCAAAGGGUCAGCUCCAUCUACACUUAUAAGGGUCUGUGGAAGGACUGUGAGAUGUCCGGGACUGUAUUCCCUGAGUGCCAGCCUCUCUACAGCCAUCCCAACUACUCAGGAAUACUCCAGGCUGCAAGAGCUCUGAUGAUAAUAGCGAUUUUAGUGGCUGUGAUCGCAGUGUUCAUCGGGUUUUUCUGCUUGAAGUGCCUCAAAAUGAAAAAUAUGCAGCUUUCCACCAGGGCCAAACUCAUCCUAAGUUCUGCGAUCAUUUUCUUCAUUGCUGGCAUUUGUGGUAUUGCUGCAGCAUCAGUGUAUGCUGAUCAACUAGUGCCUAGUUUCAUGAUGCCCCAGUUCAACCAAAAGCAAGGAGAGAAGGGAGGGGUACAGUGUGCAAACAAUGUAGCAGCAAUGGAUCCAUCUGCUUCCAGGUACACGUUUGGCCCUGCCCUCUACAUAGCCUGGGUGGGAGCAGCUUUGUUAAUUCUGGGAGGAAUUUUGAUGAGCAUCGCAUACAAAAGAAUGCAAUGCAAAACCGAGACGAGAGAGGGCUACAUCUACAAUGCAGCUCAGUGCAGGGCAGCAGAGGAAGAGUCCCAGUGCCAGACCCAAGGCCAGUCCCUGUCCCAGUGCCAGUACCAAUGCCAUUCCCAAGUUCAGAGAAUCUGAGGAAAACCAAUGAACUAAUUGAAAAAAAAAAGAAAUCUUUCAUGCCAGACCAAUCAAAUGAUUUGAACUGCACUGUAAAAAAUCAACAUGACCAAAAGUCAUGAGAUCAAAUGUUUUUAUGUUACUUUAACUAAUAUUAAUCAGUUAAUCAGGUUUCAACCAAAAAUUUUUUUUAGUUAUACAAAGUUUAACUUGAUAUUUUUAGUCUGACUGAUGUAUACUGAUGUAUUCCUUUGAUUAAACUAGCAAAGAUGUAGGCAGCACGAAGGAAGCAGUCUUUACUGAUUGAGGAAAUUGUUUUAGUAUUUGCAGUAAAAUUGUGUUUGAGUUUAACUGUCUUUAAUUAAAAGAGUGUCGUGUGUGUAUGAUUCAUCAGUCAUUUGCUGUUAAAAAAAAUCAUGUUUGAAUUUCAAUAAACCUUUGCUAAACUGUA